AUGGACUCGGGUUCGAGCGAGGCAAACGCCGCCUACGUCGACGCGCUCGUAAAGCUCCAGUAUACGAACCUUGGACUAUAUGCCUGGGAAUAUCUGCUGCAUCUGGACCAUGACUGGCAACUGGUACGAGGUGUAUGGCCGUGGCGCUGGCCACUCACCACUUGGGCAUAUCUCGUCUGUAGAAACUCUAUUCUUCUGUCUAUCAUCUUCUCUAUCACCACCGUUGGCGACUUGCCGUGUACAAGCGUUUUCGUAUACCUGAGCUACAUCUUCCCGUUUCUGCUAGUUGUAUCAGCGUCCUCUCUCCUCGCCAUUCGCACCGCCGCCAUCUGGUCUCGAGCGCGCUGGGUCAUUGGUACAUGCGUCGCAGGACUAUUGACGCUUCUCGGCGUUGCGGUCUUCUCGAUGGCGAUAAUGAAGGUCGAGAAUGCGCCGAUGAAUCACAACGGCAGGUACACGUACGCCUGCGUGAAGCUGGGUCCGGAUCAUGCACUGGGCGUCAAGUUGUCAAUCACCGCCAAUCAUGUCGUUAACUGGACAAUGUUCACCCUCACUUUUACGGGUCUCUGGCGACAUCGUAGAGCACGCGCUGUCGGGCUCAUGCGUGUUCUGUGGGCGCAGAGCUUCGCGCUUCUCGCCUUGGCGAUGGCGGUGGACAUACCGUUGCUCUGUCUGACGUGGAUGGAAGUCAAUGGCGUCAUCCUUAGUAUGGGACUGGCAGUUGCAGGCCUCCUACUCGGCAUGGGCACUACUCGUAUGACCCGUAGUCUCUACAAGAGUGUGUCGCCCAAACCAAGCCACGCAGAAGAGAGCCGCAGCAGGACAACGACGGAGCAGGCGCUUUCUUCGGUGAACGACGUGGAGGAUGUCGAUGAGGACUGCCUAGAGCUUUCACGCAUCGAGACACCUUGA